AUGAAGUUCAUGAUUUCUGUCCUCCUCUCCUUCUCCGCCCUGGUCACCGCCUCCCCACUCAGCACCCGCCAACUCGUCACACCACCCACCAAUGACCCCUUCUACACCCCUCCCGCCGGCUAUGAAUCCACCGCGCCCGGCACCAUUCUCGCAAUACGCAAUCCGCCAUCACUGAUCGCCGCGCUCGGGAUCCUGCCCGUCCCCCUCAAAUCCGCCCACCAGAUCCUCUACCGCAGCACCGACUCCUUCGGCAACCCCUCCUCAACCGUCACCACAGUCCUCGUCCCCCUGACGAACCCGUCCCCUUCCAAACUACUCUCCUAUCAAGUUGCCCAAGACUCCGCCUCCCUCAACUGCGCGCCGAGCUACGCCUUCCAAGCUCUUUCAUCCUCCAGUGGCCCCUUCGGCACCGUGGGCACGCAGAUCGAGAUCCUCGCCAUCGGCGCCGCGCUCGCUGAGGGUUGGAUCGUCACUAUCCCGGACCACGAGGGACCGAAUGCCGCUUUUCUCGCCAAUGUGCGCGGCGGACAGCAUGUCCUUGAUGGGAUUCGCGCUACUUUCUCCUCCGGGCUCGUCGAUCCUGACGCGAAGGUUGCGAUGUGGGGAUAUUCUGGCGGCAGCUUGGUGUCGUCGUUUGCUGCCGAAUUGGCUUCCACCUAUGCGCCUGAGCUUCUAUCCCAGCUCAUCGGAGUAGCUCUCGGCGGCGCCGUCCCAAACAUAACCACCGCCCUCCCAUACCUCACCGCCUCGCCCUUCGCAGGCCUCGUGCCAGGCGGCAUCAUCGGGUUGGCGAACGAGUACCCUAACAUCGCAGCUAAAGUCUCCGAGAACCUCCUAUCCAACAAAGCUGAAUACUUCAACAAGGCACACACCCAAUGUCUCGGCGCAAACCUUCUUUCGUUCCUGGGACAGGACGUGCUGGCGGAUUACUUCACGAGCGAAGACCUGUUCUUCUCCGAUCCAGAAGUUUUAGCAGUGACGAACGCCAACGCAAUGGGCCAGCGCCCCAUUCCUGCUUCGAUACCCGUCUUCAUGUAUAAAGGCGUGCAAGACCAGAUCUCGCCCAUUAGUGACACGGAUGCUUUGUAUGACUUCUACUGCGCUGGCGGCGCAAGAAUCGAGUAUAUAAGGGACGUGAGUGCAGAGCACGCGGCGCUGCUGCUGACGGGAGUGCCGAGUGCGGUGCAGUGGAUCAAGUGGCGGUUCGAGGGGGUGGCGUGGAGUGGUGGGAGGUGUCAGAAUAGGGACGUGCUGACGAGUCUGGGGGAUGCCGCCGCGCAAAAGAUCAAGAAGGACAUCCGUGACAAGUUGGCGGGAUUCUUGGGGAAGAGUGAGGUCGAGAAAUUGGCGCAUUGA